AUGCCAGCAGGAGGCGUGCCCAGCUGGGCAGUCACCUCGUCCUCCACGGCCAUAUUUGGCGGCGGAUCUACCACGGCCUCGCCCGCGCCAUCCCAGCCAGCGCCCUCAUCCCCCUCCGAGGCGCAGCAACCAGCCUCACAGCCGUCCGAACGCCAGCCGACCACCGCCAGCACUCCAGCUCCGUACAAGCCCAAACGCAAGCAGAGGCCCGUGACGCACUGUGCGCCGUUGGGCUCGGUGGCCUCGUCGUCUCGCGUGCCCUACUCGAUCCCGCACGUCGACAGCGCCGGAUGCGAGCAGGCGCUGCGCCAGCUCAUCGCGGUCCAAGCCACGCGAGCCGGCUUCGACGCCGCUACGGCAUCGGCCAUGCACGAGGUCGAGCAGCUUACAAGCCGCUUUCUCACCUCGGUCUUUGCCGCAGCGUCGCAUGCGGCCGAGCUGGCGUGCCGCGACCAGCCGUCGGCGCGCGACCUGUUGUAUGCGCUCGAGACGCACGGUCAGCCCGUGCGCGAACUGCGCGCCUUUCACCGACAGCAACUCGACCAUCCAGACCGUCAGGCGGCUGCCACUGCACGCAACAAUGCAACGCACAAUGCGAGCCACCCGCAAAUUCACCACCUUGGCAGCGCCGGUUCGCGCAGCAAUGGCGACGAGGCAGACAUGCUUCCGUCCGACUCGGACGAGGGCUCGGAGAUGGAUGCGUGGUCGGUGAGCAGCCACUCGGACGACGAGCAUCCGAACCGGCGCGCUGCAGUGCACGCGCGUGCCUCGAAGCGCAAGCACGACCGCGCGCGCAUCCUCGCCAAGAAGCAGCGCAGGCUCGAGAAGCUCGCUGCUACCGGCGGCGCGGAAGCAUCCGGGUCAGGUUCAGGCGCGUCGGCUCGCGAUCUGCGUGCGCUCACGUCGGGCGAGCAGGCGUGGCGGCGCAUUGCGGACCACGUGGUGCCGCGCCAUCUUCCGGGCAUGCCACCACGCCACUCGUGGAUGCAGACGCCCGCCUACCCGACCAACGCAUACGGCGCCUCGCUCGGCGCCGACGACGAGGCCGAGAGCGUGCGCCAAAGGGACCCGCUCAUGCUCGUCAACCGCAAGCUCGCCAACGCCCGACUUGUCGAGGCGUCGCUGCGGAGGUUGAUUCAGAACACCGACAGUGCAGCUGCUGUCGCGUAUGCCGCCACCCGCACCAGCGGUGCAGACGCAGCGAGCGCAGAUCCGGCGCCAGCAAACACGCACAAGGAGGUGGCUGCAUCGGAUGCGUCUGGGUUUGCGGUGCCCAAGGCGCCCGCGAGUGCAGCGCUCACGCUGCGCCUCAAGAACAAGAUCAGCCAGCCGAGCUCGACGAUCACCUCGCCCUCGCAGCCCUCGACGCCGCUGGCGAGUCGGCGACCGUCGGCGAUCGCCAUCGCCCCACAUAUGGGCACGAUGGGCUGGGGCGGCGAGCCGCUCAUGUCGCCCCUCACGCCCGUCUCUGCCACGAUGGGCUCCUCUGCUGCCGCGGGGGCAAUCACGCCCUACCCGCCCACACCGGGCGGAGUGUACGGCCACUACUUUGGCUCCAACCCGGGCGCUGCAGGUACGGCGGGCGGUGGGGGCUACCGCUCUCGCUCGCAGUCGAUCGCAGCGGGUACGGGCGUCGACCCGUACGCCACCGCGGCGCCAGAGGCCGGCACGGACAAGCUCGGCAUCCGAGUGCCUGGACCGGUCAACUACAAAAACGUCUGGUAUGCGCCGGGAAGCAGCAUCGUCGGCGGCGGCAUGGGCGGCGGACCGGGUGCGGUUGCGGCGACGGCAUCCAACAACCAUCCGCGCUCCGUCAAGCGUUUGCGCAAGUGGAAGGUGUAA